AUGUUAUUAUCAGAGUACGGCAUCCAAUAUCAUGCCCAAAAAGCCAUCAAAGGAAGUGUUUUAUCCGAUCAUUUGGCCUCUCAACCUAUUGAUGAUGAUCAAUCCUUGCAAGACGACUUCUCAGAUGAAGAGAUCAUGUAUUUGAAAUCAAAAGAUUAUGAAGAGCCUUUACCUGAAGAAGGGCCUGAUCCUGAAUCCCGAUGGGAUUUGAUAUUUGAUGGAGCUGUUAAUGAUUAUGGUAGAGGAAUUGGGGCAGUCAUUGUUAUGCCACAAGAGGAAGCCAUUGAUCUUAGAAUCAAGAUUUUGGAUGUGUAUGGAGAUUCUGCUCUAGUUAUCAAUCAAAUCAAAGGAGGAUGGGAAACACUUCAUCCUGGUUUUAUUCCUUACAGAGAUUAUGCUCGAAGACUGCUGACCUUCUUCAACAAAGUUGAGUUCCAUCACAUACCUCGUGAGGAACAUCAAAUGGCAGAUGCAUUGGCUACCUCGGCUUCCAUGUAUCAAGUAAAGUUUCCAAAUGAAGCUCCUCAAAUUACAAUCAUGCUCCUGGAUAGGCGAGCUCACGUAUUCACUAUUGAAGUUAUCACAAAUGACAGGCCGUGGUUUUAUGACAUUAAAGUCUUCUUACAGAAACAAUAG